AUGGACCCUGACGCUUCCAUCUCUGUGGACUCGCCCAGCGCUUCAAAACCAUCACGCUCACAGCUAAAAUGGACAAACGACAUGGAAGUGACUUUCAUUGCUACCAUGAAGAGCAUGCAAGGCCCUCCGACCAAGAAUGUCCCUUCUGGCUUUACCAAAGACGCAUAUAAACGCGUCGCCGAGAUUAUCAAGGAAAAAUCAUAUCAACCUGAUUUGUGUGACGACAUCCGUAUGAAGAACAAGUUGGGCGCUUUGAGGAACGACUGGCGUAGUUACGUGAAUCUGCUUGCUAUGCCAUGGCCACGUUUACCAAGUGGCCUGCCUACAAACACUGAUGAUGUCCUGGAGAGCUACUACAAAGACCAGGAUCCCAAUGCCAGAAAAUUCCGGGCUCUGCCUCUGAGGCAUUAUGAAGAGUUGACUGAUCUAUUCGAUCCUGAACAUCUUGUCCAGCAGCGCUUGACUUCAGAAUCCGCACCUCGACCUGCCGAAGUCACUGCUGCCAAUGGCCAAUCUGUUCCUUUACCACACUCUCCCUACGAGUCUGUAGCGGAGCGACCAUCUAGUCGAGUUCUUGAUCAACAGAAUACUCUGCCAGACACCACUGCCAACAUCCCUCACAGCCCUCAAUACGUAUCUACACCUCAAACAGCUGCCAAGCGGCCGGCUGAGUCGACGCUCUCCAACCAAGCUAAACGUAUUCUCAUGGGUGAACCGUUGCCUGCGGAACCAAAACCCUAUGAUACCGUACGAGCAUACUACGGCAACACCUCGCAGGUCUCUCCGGUGGCAGCUGCAACUGCCCUCUUCAAAGCUACUUUCUCAUCCUUGCCCGCCAGACAAAGAGCUAUCGCCGUGAAGCACUUUGCAGAUCCGAAUCUGGCCGAGGUAUUCUUGCAUACUGACUCAGAAGUAAGAGAGCAGCUGGUUCAUGGCUGGAUCAUCGCCGCUGGACAUCUGCCGGGUUGA